AUGGAGAUAGACAAUAAUGUGAACAGAAAAGAGGUGGAGACGGUGGUAAGAGACUUAAUGGAGGGAGAAAAGGGCAAGGAAAUAAAGAAGAAGGCAUUGCAGUGGAAGACCAAAGCUGAAGAAGCAAUAAAACAUGGUGGAUCUUCAUACUCGAAUCUGGAUAAGAUGAUUGAAGAAGAAUUACACUCUAUUCAAAGAUUGAAGAACCAGCAAGAGAGAAUCAUUUGGAGACCCUCACCGUCUGGGAACUUCACUACCAAAUCUGCUUGGAAUGCUAUCCGGACACGACAGGGAAGAGUGCAUUGGCAUAAUCUGAUCUGGUUUAAAGGUUUGGUACCAAGAUAUUCUUUCAUUGCUUGGCUGGCACUAAGGGAAGCACUUCAAACAAAAGACAAGUUGUGUGAAUAUGGUGUUACAAAUGAUGGGACCUGUUGCUUAUGUGAGUUGCAUAUUGAAACUGUUCACCACCUAUUUUUUCACUGCUCUUAUAGUAAGGUUGUGUGGAACAUUCUCCUUAGUCUUCUUGGGCUGACUUUCAAUCAAACUCAAAAUUGGCCACAAACUCUCAAUUGGCUUUGUUCACAUAUCAGAGGGGUAGAGUUAAAGGGUCUCUUACGCAAGCUAUCUUUUUGUGCUGCUGUCUAUUUUAUAUGGCAAGAAAGGAACAACCGCUUGUUUUGCCAGGAAAGCAGAUCACCAACAGCAUUAGCCCAGACUGUUAUAGAUCAAGUACAAAAGAAGAUUGGGAGAAACUUUGAAAUUAAGGACAACCCAUCCUUAGCCACAAAAUGGAGACUUCACGCUGCUUUCUUUCAUCCAACUAUAUUCUGGUGCAAAUGGGAAGCUCCCAGACCUGGAAUUAAAUGCUUGAAUUGUGAUGGAUCAGUCCGAGGAGACAUAGGGGGUGCAGGCUUCAUCCUUAGACAUGAGAAUGGUGACAUUUUAGCAGCUGGGGCUAUUGGAGUAGGCGUUGACGCAAUAUUAAUCCACAAGUUGGAAGCCAUCAAAGAAGCAUUGGUGUUUGCUAAACUCAAAGGAUGGGAACGUAUUGAGGUUCGCACUGAUUCAAAGUUUGCUGCAGAUAUCUUAAAUAGCAAAAUUGACUGUCCUUGGAAGGCCCUAGUUGCAUUUUUUGAUAUAAAGGAUUUAAUCUCAUAUUUCAAGGAGCUGACUAUAUUUUUUGUAUAUCGCCAAUGUAAUCAAGCUGCUGACUUUAUGGCUAAUUAUCUCAAUAGGGUUGAUAAAGUUAUUUUUGAGUCAAAUUUUCCCCUUGAUCUUCUUAGAAUUGUAGAGGAAGAUAAGAGGGGAAAAUUGACGAUUAGGGUGUAAAUUCUUAUUUUGUUAUAUAAAGCUCGCCAAUUCUCCAAAAAAAAAAAAAAAA